AUUUCAUUUUAAUUGUAGCAUUUUGAUAGAUGCGUCACAAUAUCAAAUACAAACGAACCGUUAGGCUAAAAUUACACAAGAGUAAUUUUAUUUCAUAAUACCUUUCUAAUUUCAUCGUAACAAAAUUGAAAUAAGUCUAAACUUGCUCUAACAGAAUAUAUUCAUGAUACAAACAAAGAUAUAUAUAGUUCACAAUAUUAACUACAACCAAAAAUUACCAAGUUUGCUCGAACUUUAAUCUGUCUGAGAGAGAGGAAACUCACAAUGAGUGUAUCUGGUGUCGUGUAUUACACAUCCUUGCUGGUGUGCAUAUCGCUUGGUAGUUAUUACAAGAAGAUCAGCGAUAUUGAUAUGAAGCGUAACUACGGAACUGGUCUCGGACUGUUCUUGGUCUGUCUGAUUUGUGGCACUUCUAUGUUCCAUUCCGUUAUGAUGGUUUGGGGCAAUAUAAUCAUCAUUAAAUGUUGUGAUCGCCGCUAUUUGAACCAAAUCAGCUUUGCGUUUACAUGGAUGUAUUUAUGGUACAUGCAUUUAAACAUAACGAACAUGUACGUGAUAUGUUUGCACCAAACCCUAGCGUUGAAGUUAGUCGGGCUAGCCUUCGAAAUGAGCGCUGUUCAGAUAAGAAGCGAUGCGAAAGGUGUUGGCGUUUCCAAGUCAAAUGACACUGACAUCCUGUCUGAACCAACUGCCACUGAUAUUAUAUCCUAUGCGUAUUUCUUCAUAGGACUACACAGAGGUCCAUAUUACAGGUGGAAAAUAUUUAACGAUCAUUUCAAUGCACCAUUUGGAGUGCUAGGUGAUUGCAGAAUCAUCACCGAGCAGAAACUUAAAAAAGCGUUAAUAUGUGCUCUUGGAUGCUGGGUUUUAAGUUCUAAAUAUUCUCUGGAGUUUUAUUUCGAUGACGCAUUCUACGAAGCUUACAGUGGGGAAGUGCGUUAUUUGUACAGCGUGCCGCAGCUGACGAUAUACUUCCUGCAACACCAGGCAGUGAUGAUGUUGUGCACCAGCGUGUUUACGGAGACAGGCUUUGGAGUGUACCCGGCUAAAUGUCACCCAAUACCGGGCUUUGGACCUUCGGCUAGACUGAGUUUCCUUAAUAUCGCUUCCAGUUCAGCAGAAGUUGCGUUAGAAGAGGAAUACAACUUCUCUAUGAUCAAAUGUUUUAAUAACGAAGCGGUGAUCAUGGGGCCAAAAAUGAGAGACACUAUGCGUGGGUGGGACAUGCCGACUCGCUUUUGGUUCUGGGCGUACGCGCAUAAAGCGUCCUUGAAGUCCAACAGGGAAGUAAGAAGUGCAUUUUCUCUGUUGGCGUGGACUAUAUGGUCGGGUCCUUCAUUGCCUCGUUUCAUUAUUGGUUGCACGUUAUGGGUAUAUGUGCAUCUCGAGGCAGAAUACGCUCUUCUUUAUGACACAUCAGGCUCAAUGAAGUUGCCGUGGGAUAUAGGAUUUUCAAUCAUGCGACUGUUCUGUUUCCUAUACUUGACGCCCUGCUUCGUAAUCGACAACACUUCGGUAGUGCUGAGGUAUUACAAUUCCAUAUUCUGGGUGUUUCAUAUAAUUCUGUUAAUUUUGAUGCUUAGUUCGAUUUACCUUUACAAAACUAGAGUUUUGAGUGAACAUUAAUAUAUUAUUACAGACUACGAAUAAAAUAUUUGUGUGAA